AUGCAAACUUCUUCAGGAAGUAACCACAGAUAAGUCACUCUUGUUACUCCAAGCAACCAACAAGUUAACGCUAAUACAAAUCAGCCAGUAGUUGUAGCUCUUAAUGAUAGAUUAUACGCUAAUUCGAAGGUGAUAUUUGAGACGAAGUAGGCAUAACUCAUAAGCAAAUUUUCCCAGUCAUUUCUUCAAGAAAUUAUCAGACACACAACUAUCCAGCAAACUAAUUACAAUAUUCAAAGAUAAUCUAAUCAACCCCAAAACAACUAGUAAAAUUUGUCAUCAUCGGUAGCUUAACCUCUAUAUUUCUUUCAAGGUUAUCCAUAAGGGAACUUUUUGAAAUAAGUUUGCGUAAUUCUAAGUUUAUGGAAAUAAGCUAGUUAGUUUCCUAUUAGCUUCAAAAAGAUGCCAGGGUUAUCUGAGACUGAUGACACGGAUAAAUUCAUAGAAACCCUCAAUAAACUAACACCUAUGGUUAUUGAUGUCUUUAAGGAAGUCAAUUAAGUAGAUCGAUCUCCGAGAGCAUUAUAAAAAGAACUACUGGAUUUCUUUAUCGCUCUGGAACCCGCAGGGUUUUUAUUGUGUUUGGGCUUGAGAAGAACGGCUGGAUCUUAGGAUCUCCUUCCACCAGAGAGGAAAUCUUUAGUUGAUUCGUUCACCAGGUUAUACAUGGUAUAAACAGAGGAUGAACUGAAAAGAAGUGGGAAUAAUCCACCAAUUAUUACUGUCGGGGCAAGAGCGAUGCAAAAACAUGCCCCAAGAUCAAGUGAGGGGUUCUGGGGUCCAUAGAGUGGGUUGAAUGAUAGAUAGAGGAACGAGAAUGCGGUAAAGACCGUAAAUAAAGUUCUUAAUGAAUGUAUAUGGAUUAACAUACAUACUUUCAACAGUAAAAGCACAAUUAACAUUCUUGAGAUUAGAGAAUCAAAAGGUUAUGGAGCUAGAUGGUCGUUGGAUGGAUGCGAAUUUAGAGGAUUAGUUGAGCCCUAGAUAUCAGGAGGGCAUGAUAAGAAAUGGAUUCAUUGA